UUUAAUUUUAAAACUUUAUUUUAUACAACUUGUUCCUCUACUAUUCGUUUCUGUUUCCUUUCUGUUCCCAUCUCCUUCUUCUCUUUGCCCUUGCAGCUAUAUUCAUUUCCUUUCCAUUUAUGUGAUAAAGAAAGAAUUGGCUGAGGUGGUUCAAUCACUAUGGAAUCCUGCAAUUGUAUUGAGCCACAAUGGCCAGCUGAUGAUUUAUUAAUGAAAUACCAAUAUAUCUCGGAUUUCUUCAUUGCCCUAGCUUAUUUCUCAAUCCCGCUCGAGCUUAUCUACUUUGUUAAGAAAUCAGCAGUAUUUCCAUAUAGAUGGGUCCUUGUUCAGUUCGGUGCCUUCAUCGUUCUAUGUGGAGCAACACAUCUAAUUAAUUUAUGGACAUUCACAAUUCAUACAAGAACCGUGGCAAUUGUAAUGACCACUGCGAAGGUUUUAACUGCUGUGGUAUCAUGCGCCACCGCCCUUAUGCUUGUACAUAUUAUUCCCGAUCUAUUAAGUGUUAAAACCAGGGAAAUGUUUUUAAAGAAUAAGGCUGCAGAGCUUGAUAGAGAAAUGGGUCUGAUUCGUACGCAGGAAGAAACUGGUCGACACGUUAGGAUGUUGACGCAUGAGAUUAGAAGUACUCUUGAUAGACAUACAAUAUUGAAAACGACUCUUGUUGAACUCGGUAGAACUUUGGGACUCGAAGAAUGUGCCUUAUGGAUGCCAACGCGUACUGGGUUGGAGCUUCAACUCUCUUACACGUUGCGACAGCAGAACCCUGUUGGAUAUACAGUACCUAUUAAUCUUCCUGUGAUUAACCAAGUAUUUAGUAGCAACCGUGCAGUUAAAAUUUCGUCAAAUUGCCCAGUUGCUAGAUUACGGCCUCAUGCUGCAAAAUACAUGCCUGGGGCAGUAGUAGCUAUUCGGGUUCCUCUUUUGCAUCUUUCUAAUUUUCAAAUAUAUGAUUGGCCAGAGGUUUCUACCAGAAGCUAUGCCUUGAUGGUUUUGAUGCUUCCAUCUGACAGUGCUAGACAGUGGCAUGUACAUGAGUUAGAGCUGGUUGAGGUAGUUGCUGAUCAGGUAGCUGUUGCUCUCUCGCAUGCUGCAAUCUUAGAAGAGUCAAUGAGGGCAAGGGAUCAGCUUAUGGAGCAGAAUGUUGCACUUGAUCUGGCAAGAAGAGAAGCAGAAACAGCAAUCCGUGCUCGCAAUGACUUUUUAGCUGUUAUGAAUCACGAAAUGAGAACUCCGAUGCAUGCAAUUAUUGCACUCUCUUCAUUGUUACAGGAAACAGAUAUGACUGCUGAGCAACGUCUAAUGGUGGAAACAAUAUUGAAAAGCAGCAACUUAUUGGCUACGCUCAUUAAUGAUGUUUUGGAUCUUUCACGGCUUGAAGAUGGCAGUCUUCAACUUGAAACAACAACAUUUAACCUUCAUUUAUUGUUUAGAGAGGUCUUUAACUUGAUUAAGCCUGUUGCAUCUGUUAAAAAGCUGUCACUCACUUUACACUUCGCAUCAGAUUUGCCGGUGUAUGCAAUUGGUGAUGAAAAGCGUCUCAUGCAAACUCUUCUCAAUGUUGUUGCUAAUGCUGUGAAGUUCUCAAAAGAGGGAAGCAUUUCGAUCACUGCUUUCCUUUCAAAGCCUGAAUCCUUCAAGGAAACUAGAUUUCCUGAUUUCCUACCGGUGCCAAGUGAUGGCCACUUUUAUUUGCGAGUACAGGUGAAAGAUUCAGGAUCAGGCAUCAAUCCACAAGAUAUCCCAAAGUUAUUCACCAAGUUUGCACAAAACCAAUCAUUAACAACGAAAAAUCCUGCUGGAAGUGGGCUCGGCCUUGCAAUUUGUAGGAGGUUUGUGAAUCUCAUGGAAGGGCAUAUUUGGAUUGAAAGUGAAGGUAUUGGUAAAGGAUGUACAGUCACAUUUAUUGUAAAACUCGGAAUAGCAGACCGAUCAAAUGAAUUUAAACUACCUUUCAUAUCUAAAGCUCUACAAAAUCAUGGAUCUACAAACAUUGCUGGCCUCAAAGUUCUAGUCAUGGAUGAUAAUGGCCAGAAAAGAAAACAUCCAUAAUGUAUGCAGUCUUCAUUCAAUUAUCGACCUUCUACUUGCAAAUCCGAGGAACUAAGAAAUCAGAAGAAUUGUUUACUGGCCGAUGCAAUUGCUGUGUUUUGCUUUCUUGCCUCAUAACUGACAGUGAAACUUGUAAUUGAGGGUGAGCAGGAUAGCAACAAAGGGACUUCUUGUGCAUUUAGGGUGCGAUGUCACAACUGUAAGCUCGAGUGAAGAAUGCCUGCGUGUUGUUUCUCCGGAACACAAAGUGGUUAUUAUGGAUGUCUGUACAGGGUUAGAUGGUUAUGAAUUAGCGGUUCGCAUACAAGAAAAGUUUACAAAACGUCAAGAUAGACCACUAAUAGUUGCUCUUACUGGAAACACCAACAAGUUGACAAAAGAGAACUGUAUCAGAGCUGGUGUGGAUGGCCUUAUUUUGAAACCUGUUUCUGUUGAGAAGAUGAGAGGUGUUUUAACAGAACUCUUGGAUCGUCGAUUUGUGUUUGAAACGAUUUAAACUGCCAUAAUGUAUUCCUUAUUAUGAAAACUUUUGUUGUACAUAUCGAAACCGAAUUAGCAGAGAUGCAAAUUUAUUAUGUAAAGCGGCACUCCCAUGAAAAGGUGUAGAGGAGAACCUAGGCCACUGCUGACACUGAACUGUUAUAUCCAUUUUUGUGAACAAAGUUUAUAUAUGUUUAUAUUCCUCAUUUUUUAUAUCA